ACAGGUGCCCCCAGUAGAUGGGCACUGCAGAGAUCACACUCGGGCAUCAGGGCAAAAUGGUUAAACCUAUGGGUGCUUCCUUUGCCACUGUUCUCAUCCUCCAGGAUCCCCCUUGGAGCUCCUUCCAGGGAGAGGGGGCUGGGGCCAGGCACAGCAUGUGAUGCAAGGAAGGAGCAGAUGUAAAAACCCUGUGUUGUAUGAAUGGGAGUUGGCAUGGUCUCACUUUGGUCAUGCCCUACCCCAGUGCAGCCUCAGAACCAAGCCUGCUCUCAGCCACAUCUUGCUGUCUGAUUUGUCCUAAUUUGGCCUGAUUUGUCCUGCUGCCUUCCUCAGCCCCAGCAGUGUGCCUGUCUUUGCAAGGAAUGGGACAGUGGCUUUCCCAUUCUGACCGGGAGAUAGGAUCAGCCCCCUUACCCAGGCAGUGCUGUUGUGAAUGCAGUGAUGUUUCUCCACUUUCUGUCUCUCUGUGUUCACAUUCUAGUCAAUUCUGCCAAGACUAACAGCCUAUUUCACUCUCAGAUGUGUUAGCCAGUGCUAGGACUCCACGGACUGCACGGGAAUCCCGCUGCCCUCAGAGAUGCAUGGAUCCUUUCAUGGAGGCUCCCACAAGUUGUGUGUGCACGUGGAGGGCAGAAAGGGGCUGCAUGUGGGUGUGUCCUCCUGGCCUGAGAGCUGCAGUAGAAAACCGCAGGGAUAUUUGUGUGAAUUUCCUUUUUCUUGCUUGCUUCAUUUCCUUUUUUUUUUCCCCCUUUUUUUCUGGCUGUCUUGUUGCUCUCUCCUGAUUUACUGCAUGUGCUCACGUGGCCUUGGAAAGGGGGGUUCUCAAACUGUUUUGUUUCCAAAAGGAAAAGAAGCUGGCAGGCAUUCAUAUUUCAGUUCUGGAGUUAUGUAGGUUAAAGUCUCCCAGUGGAAAAGGGAAGAUAUGAGAGAGCAGAUUGCUGGUGGCCAUACUCACCAGAAGGAAAACAGAAAAAAGGAGCACGGAAUUCUGGAGCUGCAUCCAGACAAAUGUGAGGCUUGAGAGGUGAGCAACGUGAUAGGAAAGUGCUGCCAGCCCAUGAAUUUCCUGAGGAAACUCCCUCUCCACCAGCACCAACAUGCAGAGCAACUACUCCCUGGUUGUCACCACCAGGGAAAGUCUCCAAGUCCUGUCCACAGCACUGACAAACUCUUCGGCUGUGUCGCACUCAUCCCCUCCCUGCCCCCUUACCUCUUCAGACUAUCAGUUUUCACUCAUUCCAGCCCUCUUCUCUGCAGUUUUUGUUCUUGGCUUGGUUGGCAACAGCGUGGUGGUUGUGGUGCUCUGUCGUCACACUGGCCCCAAGACAGUUGCUAAUAUCUACAUUUUCAACCUGGCCAUGGCAGACCUGCUGUGCCUGGCCACCCUCCCCUUCUGGGCCACCUACUAUGCUCAGGGAUACAACUGGCUCUUCGGCUCUCUCAUGUGCAAGAUCUCCAGUUCUGUCCUGUGUCUGAAUAUGUUUGCAAGUAUUUUUUUCAUCACGUGCAUGAGCGUGGACCGGUACCACGCCAUUGUCCACCCUAUUCACUCCCAGAGGAGAACUCUACAACAAGCUUAUUUUGUAGCACUGGUUGUGUGGGGCCUCGCCUGUUUGUCCUCCCUCCCAACUUUUUAUUUCCGAGACACUCACUAUGUUGAAAGCUUGGAGGUCAAUGCUUGCAUUAUGGCCUUUCCUUAUGAGAACUAUGCACAGUGGUCUGUGGCAACAGCCUUCCUGAAAAACACCCUCGGCUUCUUCAUCCCCUUGGCAGUGAUCACCACCUGCUACAUCUGGAUCAGGAGGCACCUGCUUAGAGCACAGCAGUUUGGGAAAAGCAGGCAGAAGAGGGACAAAGUCCUGAAGCUGGUGGCUGCUGUCGUCGUGGCCUUCCUGAUUUCCUGGCUGCCAUUCCACGUUUUGACAUUUUUGAAUGCUCUGGCUCACAUGGGCGUCAUCGACAGCUGUGAGGUGCUGGGGCUCAUCGACACGGCGCUGCCCUUCGGCAUCUGCAUGGCCUUCGCCAACAGCUGCAUCAACCCCCUGCUGUACUGCUUCAUUGGCAACCAGUUCCAGGAGAAGCUGCACCGCCUGUUCAAGAGGAGAGUCCACCAGUUCAGCAGCCACCGGGAGAGCUCCUCUGCCAGGAGGGGCAGCUGCUUCAGAGAGGCCGAAACCCCCGUGGGCAAAGAGGGGGAACCUGAGUCCUUCCUGUAGCCUCUGGGGCACGGUGUGGGGUGAUGUCAGUGCAGCUGGAUGUCCCUGCAGUGCUGACAUUACUGUCUCCUCUUCCCUUUGUUUUGUGCCCAUUUAUUCACCAGCUGUUUGAAGGAGAAUCUGUUUUUGUCGUACAUGGGGAUUUAUUCCUCCUUCCUUUUCACAACGAGAACUCAAGUUUCACACAGAUGGAAGGUUCUGACAAAUAGCUGUAUUGAUGGCAUUUUGAAUGUCAGCUUUUUGUGUGGCUGAGAUCAGGCAACUGUCAUAUGUAACACAAGAAGGACCAUUACACCAUAGCUACAAUUGCAUAGGUGCUGAGUAUUGUACCCUAAACUGAUUUUCUAAAAGAGAUUCUCACUAGAGAAUGUGUAAAUAAAGCAGUGCAGAUACUUCUGUACCUACCUGUAAGAAAAUAUUUUGACAUUUAUUUUGUAUAUUUUAAUUUUUUUUUAAAUAAAUGGCUAGAGAUGUAUGUAAAA